AUGCACUCCAAACCUUAUCCGUACGGUGAUGCCGCCUAUACAACCAUCGAACAUCACACAGUACCACAUUGUAUUGACGGAUUCUGCGCAUGCAAUGAGGGAGCCGUUGAGUUGCCGUCAUCACUGAUGGCCACUGAAGUCUAUGGAGGAGUGGAAAUCACAUGGAAGCACAAUCCUAAGCCGGAGCGGGUUUAUACCUUCUAUAUAACUCUUCAUGAACGAUUUCGCCCGCCAAUAGAGUUCAAAGAUCCGAAUGCGUUUCGAUAUCGAAUCGCCGAUGAUGGAGAACGAGAGCUGAGCGGAACGAAGGGCCAAGUGAAUUACACGUAUACGUUUGACUACGAUCUGCAACGACUUGAAGAAUACAAAGUGACACUGUUCGCCGAGGAUGACCACUACUGUCACACAGACGACGCCACCACCUACUUCAACACCUCGGCCAUCGAACCGAUGUUACCACCUCGUGCAAUCACGAGAACCUCAUCUUCAUCGUUGGAGCGCAUCUCAGAAACACAAUCCAUUCCUCAAAAGUUCAACACUACCGCCGCUGGUGCUUCAAACUCUACCGACCCAUCACUCACCUCAACUGUCGGUGAUUCGGUUGAAAUCGAGAAGACCUCGCCUACUUUCAGCAAAUUCCCUGCAAUUUUCAACGAUAUCGAUCCGUCAACGUUCAUCGCGCUUUUGCUAGUACUUACCAUGUUGAGUCCACUGUGCACAAUUUGUGUGUACUGUAUGUACCGGAAGCGACAAAGUGCCAAAAAGAGGAAGAUGCCACGUUUUGGGCCGUGGACGUUAUCCCAUUCGAGGCAUUCCAUCCUUGAAACGAACAUUCUCUAUCGCCAACCAAUCGAAUUCCGAACUCCACAAACCGAAGAGGAAUGGCUCAUUCCUAGUGAUGAUGUCAGCGUGGGCGGCGUGAUUGGAGAGGGUGCAUUUGGCCUGGUCUGUAAAGGCACGAUGAGUGGUCCGAAAGGAAUGGCCGUUCGGGUGGCGAUUAAACAGCUGAAAACGAAUGCCAUCGAUGAAGAACGCGAGGAAUUCCUACGCGAAAUGGAUAUCAUGAAACAGGUUGGUCGUCACCCAAACAUCGUGACGAUGUAUGGGCUCUGUGAAGAGCCGGAUUUUCAGUGUAUGGUGAUGGAAUAUGUGCCUUUUGGCGAUCUCAAGCACUAUUUGCAAAAUCUGCGCAAGCAGCUAAGAAUAGUGACGGAGAACUCACCAGUCCGCAAUCCCAGAAGAAGUGUAAAGCUGGUGCGAGGUCUCUAA